CUUGCUACAUGAAGGUCACCUUCAUCUGGCCAUUGGCUUUUAUGAGUUAAGGAAGACGGAUUGCAGACAAAACAUGGCGACAGAUGGUGGAGGGAUGUUGAGGUUGAUGUUGGUGGUGUUUCUCAUCGUCAACGUCGCCAAUGGGAAAGAUACAUUGGACAGGUUAAAGUGUCCACAGGGCUGGGUACUGGAGCGCCAGUCUUGCUACAAGUGGGGACCUACCCAGAUGCCGUUCUCUGACGCUCAGGAUCAAUGUCGUCAGAUGGAAGCCAGAGUCAGAGUCAUCACGAACGAUGAAGAGAACCAACUCUUCUCUGUGUCCAACUCUGGAGGCACGUACUGGCUCGGGAUCCAUAGAUUCAGCAACCGGAAAUGGGGAUAUCGGACAAACGGAACCAACACAGAGCUUGCCUACACCAAAUUCAUCCACUUCGACCAGUACCAAUUCGACUAUGGAAUGACCUGUGUUGUGUGGCAAUCACAAACGAAAGUAUGGUCGCUUGAGUCAUGCACGAACCCCCAUCUGUUCAUCUGCCAGAAAUCUCCAGACUGUUUUCCUGGUCUCUUUGGAGAGAACUGCACCAACCAGUGCCACUGCAGAGGAGACGCCUGCGACACCACUUCCGGUCUCUGCAACUAUGGCUGCCAGAUAGGUUGGAAGGGGGAGUCUUGCAAUAAAGAAAAGAAGAAAGCCACUGCCAAGUUCUACUGCUUCAAGAUCCAAGGACGUAAUGUGAUGAUGUUACGUGUGGAUCAAAGGGGGACGAUCUACCGGGGGGUGUCUGCCAUAGAUGAGUAUGGGGAACCAGUCGACGCUUGUACCCGAACCGUGUAUGACCACUUCGAGCCGGGGGGUACAGGGACGCUGAAGGUGAUGCAAAGUGCCAGUGGCAGUUUCACGCCCAACUGUAGAGGAAACGAGGUAUCGAAUGAGAUUCACUCAUGGAUGUUCGUGUUCAGGGAAUAUCCAAGCACCUCUUCUGCCUACGACAUCAUGUUUGAGGUGAAGUGCGACUUCACUAAAGCCAACACCCUGGAGAGUUCUACGACCUCCAACACUGACAAACCUGCCAACAAGUCAAUAUUACUCACCAAGAGCACGUUGUCCGUGAGUCUGGACAUCAUCGACCUCGUCAAUAACCAAUCUGUAACCACAGCAACCUUGGGCCAGCAAGUCCGCCUCCAGCUGAAGCUGAACAACAUGGACGAUUUCGGCGUGAACGCCAUCUCCCCAUUCAACUGCUCUGUGGGGACACUGGACCAUAGACACAACGUCAUCUUCACUGACGAACACGGAUGUUCCACCAGAGAUGCCCAAAUCAUCUUCCUGAACAAUGACGUCACUACCUGGCGCAGCGAGAUUUUCGAAACAUUCGCCUUUCCCGGUAAUGAUAAGCUGUACUUCCGGUGCCAGUACCACGUGUGCUUCACAGAGGAACAGAAAUACUGCAGGGAUAUGUGUCGUCUCUCCAAGGAAAAGAACUCCAGACACCUUCACCGGAGAAGUCUGUUCUCCACUCACAGAGAUGAAGGGCUAGCAGAAAAGCUGACGACCUUGGAAAUUGUGUAAUUGAAGUGUUUAUUUAUCCGUGUUCCUAUAAUACCACGUUGUCUCCAAAACUGCAAUAAAUCAUAUUCUGGAU